AUGUCGAUCAAUUUCUUCAAGGGCCAUCCCACGAGGUCAUUAUUACCAGCAAAAGAGAUUGCCCACUCUUACAAUAAAGUAUUGCUUGAAUCAAAUUAUUUGGCUUAUGAUACGGACUACGAUAACCAGCAUCCAUUGGCUUAUGGUACUGAUCCGGGUAAUCUUGAAGUACGAGACGUUAUUGCCUCUUGGGUGAACAAGAAAUUUAACAUUCAUUCAACUAGAGGUGACUUGAUCAACUUGACAUCUGGAGCUUCUUACGGAAUUGCAAAUCUCCUCACAUCGGUGACUUCUCUUGCAAUAACACGUAGGGCAUUCAUUGUGACUCCAACAUAUUUUUUAAUCAAUAAUGCAUUCGUUGACGUUGGGUUGGGGGACAGGCUAACUGCGAUCAAUGAAACAGCUGGUGAUGAAUAUGAGAUUGACUUGAAUGCAUUGGAAAAGGAAUUGAUCAAAUACUCGAGUGAUUUGGAGCAAAUCUCAGAAAACAUGACUAUCACAAACGAUCCAAGAGGAGAGCGCAAGCUCUACCUGUUUGUGCUAUACCUUGUACCAACAUUUUCAAAUCCAGGAGGUACCACAUAUUCUCUUAAAACAAGGUUGAAGUUGCUAGAGCUCGCAAGGAAAUUCGACUUGCUUAUUAUUAGCGAUGAUGUUUAUGAGUAUUUGGAUUACUCUAAUGAUGAUGAUGGUGCAGUAACAUCUGUACAUGUGCCGAUUCCCAAGAUCUCUCAACUUGACCAACAAACCGUGCGCAACAAAUAUGGAAACUCAAUUUCAAAUGCAACUUUUUCCAAAAUCAUAGCCCCCGGAUUGAGAUGUGGAUGGCAGGAAUCAGCUACUCCGGCAUUAGUUCAACAAUUGAGUGUAACUGGUGCCAACAAAUCGGGAGGCACGCCAGCACAAUUAGCGACACUAGUAGUUGCAGAGAUGAUAAAAACUGGGGAAUUAGAUACGAUAAUAGAAAAUUUUGUUUCUGUUUAUAAGGAAAGAGCUCAUGUUUUGAAGCUCUGUGUGGAAAAGUAUUUACCAGAGAAUACAAAAGUAUAUGGAGGAGAUGGAGGAUAUUUUUUUUGGAUCGAGUUGCCUCAUAAUGUAGAUAAUCAAUCAGUAAUUCACGAAUUGGCCAAGAAAGGUGUCAUUCUUGCUGGUGGUGAGAAUUUCGAGGUUUACGGAGAUAAAAGAGGAUGGGGUGACCAUUGUGUUCGAUUAAGCAUAAGUUAUUUGACAACCGACGAAAUCCAACGUGGGAUUAAACAAUGGGGUGAGACUAUUACAGAAGUUGGAAAAUUGACCAAAUCUUGA